AUGGUUUCCUUUAUUUUUUGGAUUCUCGACACUGUUCUUGUAAAUUGUGUAAUUAUUUAUCGUAAAGUAACUAACUCGAAUAUCUCAAAUCUUCAAACUUCAUCAAAAGGAAAACGAAUCGUCAUAAAUAAAAAAUAUAAACUGCCUGUAACUCGCUUAUUAGGGGGAGACCAUUUUGUUGAAUGGAGAGAAAAAAGAAUAGCUUGCGUUUAUUGCCGUUACUUGGCGCAACAAGGAGCAAAAAAUAUUGAUCCUGAUAAUCCUCCACAAACCCAGCUCUGGUGCACUAACUGUGAAUUCUAG